CAGAGAUUAACGCGGACGCGCCAGAGUAGGCCUCUUUCGUGCACCGCUCAGCUCAGGCAGCAUCUCCAGUAUACUGGCUGCAAUGAGUCAAAAGGGAUUGCUAGAACGCCUCCGAGAUGGGUUGGUUGUGGGUGACGGAGGGAUGAUAUUUGCACUGGAGAGACGAGGAUACGUGGACGCAGGAAUGUGGACCCCAGAAGUGGUGGUGGAGCAUCCCGAGGCUGUAAAACAGUUACACCGGGAGUUCCUAAGAGCAGGCAGUGAUGUAAUACAGACAGUCACAUACAACGGCAGCCAAGACAAGCUGAACAAGGCAUUAGGGAGUGACGCUUUCACGUGUCAACAGAUAAACGACGCAGCUUGUCAAAUAGCGCGAGAGGUGGCCAACGAAGGAAACGCUCUUGUGGCAGGAAGCAUCAACAAGUGUCCCGCCUAUAAAGAAGGUAAGGGUAAGGCUGCUGUUCAGGCCCAAAUGAGGGAACAACUCCAACCAUUCGUCAGGAACAAGAUCGACUUCAUCAUUCUUGAGUUCUUUUUCCACGUGGAAGAGAUCGAGUGGGCCAUCGAAGAAGCAGUGAAGACUGGUAUGGUGGUGGUCGCUACCAUGGCUGUUAGUAUGAAAGGCGACGGUAAUGGCAUCCCUGCAGGAGAAUGUGCAGUAAGAAUGGCGAAAGCUGGAGCUCAAGUAGUGGGUGUGAACUGUUUGUUCGAUCCCGACACGACGGUGAAGACCAUCAAGGCCAUGAAGGCUGCAUUGAACAACGCUGGGCUCUCCCCUUACCUCAUGACUCAGCCCAAUGGUUUUAUGUGUCCCGGGGCAGGCACACAAGGCUACCUCUCCUGUCCGGAGUUCCCGUAUGCUUUAGAGCCUCGAGUGGUGACAAGGUUUGACGUCCACCGCUACGCCCGCGCGGUCCACGACCUAGGGGUUCGCUACUUGGGCGGCUGCUGUGGCUUCGAGCCUUACCACAUUCGCGCCAUCGCCGAGGAAGUGGCUGAGGAACGAGGCAAGCUGCCGCCAGCCAGCAAGAAACACCAGCCUUGGGGAAAAUGUCUCGAGCGAAGUCACAUGGAUUAUGUUAAGAAAAGGGCUGGCCGAGAAUACUGGGAGAACCUCAUUCCGGGCUCCGGCCGUUUCCAGCCUCCAUCGCAUGUAUACGAUCCAAGCCCCGAGAAGGACCUGGAGUGAUGGGCUCAGCGUUAGAUAAGAACAGAGUAUUUCCAGUGUGACUGGUUGGCGCCGUACAGCUUGGCUAGAAUCAUACAAGUCUAAGUACACCAAGCGAUUCCUGUGGAUUAAAUUCAUGAAGAUUAUUUGACCUAAGUAAUAUCGAAUCAAUACCGUUUCCAUUGGCUCAGAGUCAACUCUCAACAAGCGGCCUUUGAGGAGAAUGGAUGAGCACGCUCUUGCUGAAGUAACAGUCUUAUUGCGGCUGAGGCAGCGCUACACUUAAUGCAAGAGGCACCCUUACGCUGUUUGAACGUUCGUCUCUCGAAACAACCUCCAUCCAUCUCGAACGCAUCCUCAACGACACGUUGACUAUGUUAGGGAUUCACUUAAAAUCCUAGGAGCUCACCGCAUACUCUAGUGACACGCUAAAGUAGUCACGCAACACAAGAGCACUAUGCUCUCGGUCUUUGAAUAAAAUUUUUGUGUAUUAAACUAAAUUGCUGUGCA